CAUACACUCAAUUUGAUCUCGUGCAAUGACAUCGACAAAUGGCUGUCCUCCAACAGUGACUCAAAAUGUGUGUACAGGAGUGCAACGGCAAAGUGCGCUGCUCUUUGGACAAAGGCGAGCCGCUCUACCUUGGCCUCUGAGAUUGUCGAUGAAAUCUGUGGAAAAAAAAUGAUUGUGCCUACAUCAACAAGGUGGAAUUCCUUCCACGAUGCCCUGUCCCGCAUCAGUGACAUCCCGGCCCAAGAUUUGAAUACGCUUUGUACUAGACUGGACAUCAGAGCCCCGACAGAGCGCGAACAUCUAUUCCUAAAGGAAUACUGCAGUGUUUUGAAACCCCUGACGGUAGCACUGGAUAUAUUGCAAGGGGAAGACAACUGCUACUAUGGGACUCUUCUACCAACCCUGGAGACCCUGAUGUCCAGGACACUGGCACUCCAAAAUGGACUGUCGAGGAUGACAGCAAACCUACCGGGUGUAAUUGUACAGGCUAUCAGGACGCGAUUCGCACCAGUGUUGGAGAGCAGUGAAGCUUUAUUGGCUGCCUUGACGUUGCCGAAAUUUAAAGUUCGAUGGAUUGUGGGAGCGGAGCGGAGAGAAGCGGCGCGUGCGCUGCUCAUCGCGGAGUGUCGCACUCUACCCCGUGAUGAAGAACCGGCUAACAAUAAAAACCGAGAAGCCGCCGCACACAGCAGCGCCAAUGAGAAUGACUUUUUUUCUUUUGAUGAGGAAGAGGAAGACGCAAUGUCCAUUAGCGCAGACUCGGAGGUAUUUGAGUACAUGAGAUCAGGCUCAGAGUUAGAAGUCCUCAACCGUUUCCCCCGAGUGAAAGCUGUGUGUAUGAAAUACAACACUGCCACACCAUCCAGUGCACCGGUGGAGAGGCUGUUCAGCCUGGGAGGUAUUGUGCUUUCCCCCAGAAGAAACAGACUCUCAGAUAAACGUUUUGAAAGACUGCUCCUGAUGAGGUAUAAUCGCACAUUUUGUACUGAUGUGGAAUAGGUUGCCUGCCACCCAUGCUAUAGACAUAGCUCAAGCCUAUGCCUAAUAUCCUCUUUUUUUAUCU